AUGGGAAGUUGUGUCUCCAAGGAUAAGAACGCCGAGGCUGCCACCAGUGCUGCCAGGACGAGGCCCGCCACCAAGCCAGUGGCCGGCGCCAGGACUGGCAAAUCGUCCCGAGGCGCUGACGCCAGUGAGGCCGGCAAACGGCUUGGGGGCUCUGAGUCCAGCGACGAACCUACCACUGCCAGAGAUGCCGUGGCACGAGCGGCUGAGGAGCGCUACAACAAGCAGCAGGCUCAGCUCAGAGAGAGCAAGGACAAGUUGAAGACGAUGUCGAAGAUGUCCAAGCUGGAGAAGAAGCUUUAG